AUGUUGCUGAAAAUUUUUGGAGAAACCCUCACGGGGGGGGCCUUGACGUGGUAUUCGUUGUUACCCGAGAAUUCCAUAGACUCAUUUGAAAUGCUCACGGAUUCUUUCAUCAAGGAUCAUUCUGGAGCUAGAAAAGUGGCUGAAGCAUUCACCAAGGGAUUGAAUCCGAGGAGUUCAAACACUUCCCAGAAAUUGAAGAAAAGCCUACUCGAGUUUCAAGCAACGACCUGGGCGGAUGUCAACAACCGGUACAAAUCAAAAAUAAGGAUCGAAGAUGGUCAGGUUGGUUUUCCAUCGUCGACCAAAGGACGAGAAAAUAAUAGAGAAAAAUCAAAGGAUGAUUAUAAUGCGGAUAGACGGACUUUGAGGGGUCGAUGUUUGCCCUACGAACGGACCGCAGGCCGCAUCAGAGGUUUCCAAACAACGGACUGGUUCGCUGUUAACAGGAGGAUUGAUCGCGAUCAGAAUAAUCGAUCACUGCAGGAUAAAGAAGUGUCAGGAUCGCACGAUCCUUGUUACCCCAAGCUGUCGAAAUACAACUUCAACGUCAGUAUAAUGGAGUUGGUAUCGGCCAUGAGAAACAUCAAAGAAGCACGAUUCCCAAAAUCGAUGAGAUCUGAUUCCCGCCAGAGGGAUCCCAACUUGUGGUGUAAAUACCAUGGAAUGAAUGGCCACCGGACAUGGGACUAUCAACACCUCCGGGAAGAGGUGGCAACAUUAUAG